UUUCUCACUAACACACCAAUGUCACCUCAUCAGUCCACACAACAACAACAGAAACAACAACAUAUCAGGAACAUGUCAACAUCCCAACAAUCAAAGAUCAUGUCCACGAUCAAUCACUUUGUAGACAAGAUCAACAGAAAGUCGUAUAUUAUCGAGGAGAACAGCGCAGACCUUCGCUCGUGGACCAAUGUGGAUCCAGUCGCACCAAAGAUCGCCCUGCUCGACCCCCUCAACAGUCUGGCCAAGCGCGAGCUGUCCAGCAACAUGUACAAGAUCAUCGAGAGCGAUUUGCAGCAGAUGACAAACAGCAUUAUAGACUCAGUGACCAACGGCAUCAGUGGGAGCGGUCAGCGCGGCAGCGGACCUUUGCGCAAGACGCACCCGGUGCUGGCCAGCAUCUCCUCCUAUUAUUUCAAGCUGAAGGGCAAACGCAUUCGUCCCACCAUUAUCCUACUGCUUUCACGCGCUCUUGGCCACCUCUCUGCCACCACACAGCUCAGUCUGGCAGAGAUUUGCGAGAUGAUCCACACUGCGAGUUUGGUGCACGAUGAUGUCAUUGAUGAUGCUGCCACACGUCGUGAUGUUCCAUCAAUCAAUCAUACACACUCCAACAAGUUGGCCAUUCUCUGUGGAGAUUUCUUGCUCGCAAGGUCAUCAGUGAUAUUGGCAGGUUUGAAGAACCAUGAAGUGACAGAGUUGAUGGCCACAGUCAUAUCCGACUUGGUUGAGGGAGAGUUCAUGCAGAUCAAGUCUGCUGGAAACUCAUUCGAUGCCUACAUGAAGAAGACUUAUCUAAAGACUGCGUCACUCAUUACAAACAGCUGUCGAUCAACAGCUGUCCUAGCUGGUGCUGAUCGCGCCAUGAUAGACCUCGCCACAGACUUUGGAAAGCAUUUAGGUUUGGCUUUCCAGAUUGUCGAUGAUUUAUUGGAUUUCACAUCGUCUUCGGAGGAGUUGGGCAAGCCGGCAUCAGUCGACUUGUCUCUGGGUUUGGCAACAGCACCAGUAUUGUUCGCCGCCCAGGAGUUCCCAGAGUUGGAGACGCUGAUCGAGAGGAAGUUUUCAGAGAGCGGCGAUGUUGAGCGCGCACGCGAUAUGGUCUUCAAGAGCAAGGGAAUUGAGCGCACUCGCAACCUGGCCAUUGAGCAUUGCAACAAGGCCAUUCAAUGUCUAAUGCAAUUGCCACAGUCUGAGCCCCGUGACCUUUUGAUUAACCUUACACACACCGUUGUCACCAGAAAUAGAUAA